AUGGUGUACCUCAAUUUCUCUUACAGGGCUGAAUCCGCAGUUUCAACCUCCAAUUCUCUCACACCAUCACCUUCUUCUUUUUCUUCUUCCACCGCCACCACUUCAAAAAAACAGAACAACAAAGAAAAAGAAAAGCCCAUCAAGAUCCAACACUUCCAUUACAGUGACCUUAAAGCUGCCACCAAUGGCUUCUCAGAGCGCAAGCUCCUCGGCAAAGGAAGCCAUGGUUAUGUCUAUAAAGCUGUAAUGGUUUCUUCUUCUUCCUUUGCAUCUGCACCAGAGUUCAUCAUCAGCAACAACAAGGUUGAUAACGAGAUUGAUAUCUUGUCCAAAAUCCAGAGCAAUAACAGCAAGCUUCCAAAUUGGGGAAGAAUGGUUCGUUUGGCAUUGCAAACUGCAAAGAAAAUUGAUACCCUUCAUUUAUCAACACCACUUGUGAUCCACAGAGAUAUUAAAUCAACAAAUGUUCUGAUUGAUAGAAACUUCAAUGCAAGGUUAGGUGAUCAAUAA